ACUGAUUCUGACCAGAUCGGGCAAACAGUGAAGAACUUCAGUUAUUGUGCAAGAUGAGAGGUUCACUGUUACUGCUUAGCGCUCUGUUACUGCUGGAGUCCACAGACGGAAAGAAAGAAUAUCAUCAACUAGGCCAACAUGAUUCAAACAUUAUUGACAAGGCAAUAAAAGAAGCCAAUGAUAGACAUGGAAAAGCCAAACACCUUGAUUUUGACUCCAUUUUAAAUUCUGAUUAUGACAAGCGCAUGGUUAAUGUGUUAUUAAAACCCACAACAUGUGACAAGACAAUACCGUUUGUCCAUCGGAAAGACUGUAAAAUCCAAAAUAAGGCUACACCUCAAGUUUCUUGUGUUGAAUGUCGUGGAGAGAUGUCCUGUUUCCUUCUCAGAGAACAAAAAAAGAUUAAACAAACUCUAUCCGAAUGUUCCUCAAAGAGAUCCCAUAUUGCUGGGGGUGGAACUCUGUUGUCACAAACAGCAGAAAAUGAGCAACAAACUGGAUGUCUGGGAUGCAUCUGAGAAAUAAAAACAAUCAAGGAUCUUUGAAACUGGCCAUGAAAACAAAACAAAACAAGGCAAAACUUUUUUUUGGGGGGGAAAAAUUUUGACCUCUCAGGCCAAGUUUCUUUAUCUUGAAUUGAAUUAUGAAGAUUGUGUAUUUUUGCUCAAUUAUCAGUUUUCUCAGUAUGUUUCAAUGUUAUGAUGUAAUUUUGGGAGAAAUAUGGAAAAUACAGUAGCCUUCAUUAUGUCCUAGUGUUGAAUAACAUACAAGUCAAAUUAAUAAUUGUUUUUGCACUGAAUUUGAGAGGUCCAGGAUCUUGAAGAGAUCUGUAAACGGAUGUCCUGCAGUGAGACGCUGGUAUUUAGUUGUAGUUGCGGUUGUUUUCAUUAGUGUUUUAAAUUUAUGUACAUCAAUACAAAUUACAUUAAGGGGACUUGAAGGUUUUUUUUUUAAAUAAUCAUAACUAACAUUUCUCUUUCUUGCAGGAUUAACAUUUGUAUGCUUUUGAAAACUAAAUGUCCCCAAUUGUUAGUGUGUCUACAUAUAACAAAAGGGGAAACAAAACUAGAAGGGAAAACUAAACUAAACAGCUGUCUAAAUAUAUAACCUUACUUGAGUAACAAGCUGAAGUAAUCAAGGAAUCCAGAUUUGCUUUUACCUAUAGAAACAGAAGGGUUUGCUGAAUUAUACAUAUGAAGAACCAAUCAUAUUGUAGAAAAAUGAUGUAAUGAAUCAUGUCACCUUUUCCAUGCUCCUAUUCUGUUGUACACUUUUUGUCGGGGGAUUCUCUAUGGUCAGAUCCUCCCGGCUAUGAUUAAAGCAUAUUCGAAGGCA